AGGCAGAGCGCGCGGGAGUCCCUGUCGGUGAUCGUGCCGCCUCAGGACGUGGACGUGGACUCGCGCGACGCCGACGACUCGGAGCUCCUCAGUCCGGGCAAGCUAACGCCUACGUCGGGGAUCAGCGUGUCGGUCGCGAGCAUGAUCGACGCGACGGACUUCAGGGCGAUGCAGCCGGAGCCGACGUAUCAGACACUGACCUCGGUGGCCGAGAGGAUGUCGCCGCCCGGCUUCAGCCCGGGCUCGUCGUACGCCACGCUGACGCCGCUGCAGCCGUUACCGCCGAUCUCGACGAUGAGCGACAAGUUCGUUUACGGCGGUCACGCGGCCGGCGGCGUCACCGGUAGUUUCGCCGUCAUGCAGAACAACGGCCUGGGUAACAUCGGCCUCGGUAUGGGCGGCUCGCCGUACGCGUACGAUAAGCUACCUACGAUGAGCAUGUCACCGCCGCACAAUUAUCCAUCGCCGGGCGCGGGACUGCAACCGAGUCCGCUCUCGCCGCAGAGCGCGUACAGCCAGAGCGGCCUCAACUCGCCGCACAAGUCGUCCGCGAGUCCGCAUUACGACCCGGCUUUCCUGCCGCGAUUACAACAGAGCCCGGCGGCGCUUAGCCCGUCCUCGCCGCCGGCCGUCUCGGCCACGGCGAGUUUCGCGCCAUCGCAUCAUUCCCCGCCCGGCACGCACUCGGUGCCGAGCGCGGCAUCGCCGCCACCGACCAUGCAAACGCAACUGCAACAGCAGCAGCAGCAGCAGCAACAGCAGCAGCAGCAGCAACAACAACAGCAGCAGCAGCAACAGCAGCAGCAGCAGCAGCAGUCGAUGCCUCAGCAGCAGACGAUAUCGCACACGCAGCACGUGCAACACACGUCGGUGGUGAUGAAGACGGUGUCGGCGGCGGGCAACGGCGGCGCCGGCGAGGUCGAAGAGAUCAACACGAAGGAGCUCGCGCAGCGUAUCAGCGCCGAGCUCAAGAGGUACAGCAUACCGCAGGCGAUCUUCGCGCAGCGGGUGCUGUGCCGCAGCCAGGGCACCCUCAGCGACCUGCUGCGCAACCCGAAGCCGUGGUCCAAGCUCAAGAGCGGCCGCGAGACCUUCCGGCGGAUGUGGAAGUGGUUGCAGGAGCCCGAGUUUCAGAGAAUGUCGGCCUUGCGGCUAGCAGCCCUGAGCAACUGCUCUGAGAGCGGAGGCGAGCCGGACGCCAUGCUGGACAUGCACCACCCAGGAACCGGGAUCGACUCGCACCAUCCGCAGUUUCACAACUCCUAUGCUGCACAGAUUCCACAACGCGGAACAUGCAAGAGGAAAGACGAGAUGGCGAACCAGGCAGAACACCAACAGCCCGCCCCCAAGAAACCGCGGCUGGUUUUCACAGACCUUCAGCGCCGUACUCUACAGGCUAUUUUUAAAGAGACCAAGAGGCCGUCGAAGGAGAUGCAGGUGACAAUCGCGAGGCAAUUGGGCCUGGAACCGACGACGGUCGGCAACUUCUUCAUGAACGCCCGGCGCCGCUCCAUGGACAAGUGGAAGGACGAGGACCCGAAGACGGUCGCGGUCGAGGAGGAACAGUUGUCGCCCACGAUAGGAGGGAUCGGCCAGCGCCAACCGAGCGACGUUUUGUGACACACGUCCGACCACGAGGAGUACCACGACGAGUCGCCCGACGAGGACCUGCCCUUCUCGUAAGGGCAGCGUACUACGUCGCGGACGUAUCCUCGCCGACACGCUCGGGCCUACCGUACGACGGUCUCUCGACGCGCUCCCCGCGAAUUUUAACUCUUGACGAUUCAUCUCUGCGAUUCAGGAUACUGUUGCUAAUUGGCUGUUCGAGAUACCCGCUUAUAUCGGUUGACCAAAACUCGAGAAUCGUUUUAUUCGCUCGAUUCACGAGACCACGUUGAACUUCUCGAUGGACAACUUUGGGGCAAAGUAUGAUUUUCAGAAUUUUUCAUAUAUUUCGGCGACUCUCGCGGUCGUCCGAGAUUAAACAGUUUACGAAAGAAAGAAAGCGGAGACGUGAAAUUUUAUUAUCAUUUUAUCGCGCGGGCCGCGCGUCAACGAUCGUCUUUGAGGCUCGAGCUGCGUCGAGCAGGAGCGUCCUAGCCGCUGAAUGCGAACGAUCAUUAUAACUCCCGCGAAGCGAUCCAGAUUAGAUCUGCCAUGGUCUUGCGUUUUUUCUUUCUUCUUUUUCGCCUUUAGGCUUAGUGCGUUCCCAAGUAUUUGCGAUCGACAGAUUGUUCCACGUUGAAGCUUUUUAAAACGAUGUUCGAAGUCGAGAAACGGACGGGUCGAUGUCCAGGUGAAGGAGAGCUGGAAGUUGUCGAUUACAAUGGUUUUCUACUUACUUUGUCACACGAGAGUUACCCGUACAUAUAUCUAUAUGUAUAUAUAUAUAUUUAUUAUUCUCUCACACGCAAUUUGUCUGUCACAGUGAACGAGCCGUGCCGUAAUUUUAAGGUCGCAACUUGCGUGCGACAACGACUCGUCCGCGUAUCUCGACCUCGGGCACCUCGCAAACUUCGUGCCAUAGUUUGCCAUAUUAGCAUAAGUUAAUCCGCGACCCGGCGCUCCGCGCCCGAUUCUUAGCGUUCUAGUCCAUUGUAAUAAGUUCCAGGAGGACCUUGCCCGUCAAAUCGAGGCGGCGGUUCCUUUCCUCUAGUCAAAAUGCAGAAGCUCCAGUUCCGAAUCCGCCCUCCGCGAAGGGGGGUCGUUUCGAAAGGGCGCACGCAUUGUUGUUUUAUUUGCUCCCUCUUCCUUUUGCGCAAAUCGCGCUGCAGUUACGUGUUUAUUCGCCGUUUAAUUUAGUGAAGCGGGGCUCCCCCCCACGGAGCCCGGUUCCUGUUACCUUUCUUUUCUUGUUUAAAAGUAGAACCAGUCGCUGCUUUAAGCGGACCAGCGGAUAUCGCGGGGGCGAAUCGACCGAUCUCUUUCGCAAGGUCGUAUCUUGAUUUUACACGAUUUCCGGUUUUUCGGUUUAAACGCUCAUUCUCGUCCUGGAUGGGUGUCCAAGCGGAAAGACCGAAAAUUCCGCAAAAUCGACCUCGCGAAGGAGAAUCGGUCGAAAUGUCGAAUGACCGCACGGAAUUCCAAGCGCUCUGACAAUCGCGGGCGAGUAAAUACUUAGAAGAGUCCGUUUUCCACUUUUUCUUAAUCCUCGAGACUAGCCCUCAACCCUUGCCGCGCAGUGCGGUGCGAAAGUUCGAAGGAAUCUCCGAUCGAGAUACGUCACGAGUUAAAGCAGCGACUUGGCGCGGCGAUUUGAAGGAAUUUCUCCUGUUGCGUGCGUUAACGACUUUGUUUGAGAUUACGUACAUUUUAUUUCGCAUUUUAUAGACGUUGCGUCUCACUGAUUUAUAAAAAAAACUGGCGGUUUCGCGAUACCACGGGGGGGGCCGUAAUUAAAAUCGCGAAUCUCUCGACGCGCAUCGCGUCUUUUCCUCGGUGGUUCGAAACCUCGAGCGGUAGCGGUAAUCCAGUUUGAAAUUGUGAAAUUUUAUUUCCGCGUUGGCGGAUCGUGCGAUUGAGAGAGAGAGAACGCCAAUUUUUUUUACGCGCCCCUUGCGUUAACGUUGUUAUUAAAGCGAAUCGAACCCCCUUGUGGGAUUAAUCGGCGUUUCUCCACGAAUACGGUUAGCGGUGAGAUCCGAUGAUGAUCGCGCAAUCAGCGGCGCGCUAAACGCGCGACCGGGCUCGUCGUGUCCUCGUUGGUCAGACGAAACGUGAACCAAUUUUCAAAGUGGCUUCGUGUGAGGGUACACGUGCCAAGUGAUAUAUAUAUGUAUGUAUAAACAUGUAUAUCAGAGAGUGGACACUCUUUUGUGCGAACCGAUGGCGGGAGGGAGGUUUAGUGAGGAAAGGGAAGAGCGGAGGGUGAGGGAGAGCGAGAGCGAGAGCAAUUUUUAAAAUGGGUGGCUGCACCGCUGUGUACGAGAGACAGAGACAGCGAGAAUGAGUGAGAGCCUGUGAGAAAGCAAGAGAGAGAAACGGAGCGAGAGAGAGGGAGAGAGAGAGACUUUAGCGAGCCGCACUCGAUAUCGUACUGCAAUUGUGCUGUGCUAUUGUACAUACUUAAAAAAAAAGAAGAAAAAGAACAAACACGUACGUAUACAGAUAGAUAUAACACGUACACACUUUUAUUACGUAAGCGGCGUUCGCUAAGCCGGGCGAAAACGAAUCGGUGUGACGUUUGAUUGCAGAAAAGUGCAUUCUAGCCGACUUGCACUUCGCGUCUGUGGCUCCUGCGUAGCGAGAAUUCUUUUGUGCUUCGACACACAAACACAUGUACACUCACACAUACACACACACACACGCGCGCGCGGAUAUCACGUACAUCGACGCGACGUCGCGACGUGGCGAGCGAUCGGUUCUGCGAGAUUUCGUUGAACGACAUUUUGUAUCACGCCCUUCUACUUUUUUUUGUACGAUCGCGAGAGGAUCAUUCAUGCUAGUCGGAUUAAUCGUACAGAAUUAGUCGCGAGUGAACGCCGAGACUCGGUCGGAAAUUGACAAAGACGAUCCGGGGGUAUCGAGGGGCCGAGCUGAUUACGAAAAUUAAUUUGCUGCGCGCGCGCUCCAUCGAUUCCAUGACAAUUAAAAUUGUUUUGCCCGUGAUCCAAAGACCUUGUUAAAAAAAAAGUUUAUGUCAGGAAGAAGAUUGGACGGAGCAUUUUGAUUAUUUCUCGAUCGCACUUCGGGUCCAAAUGAACGGAACAAAUAAAUGAGACGCGCGCGACCGCACUGAAUUGAACGAAAUGCGUUUCGAAACGCGCGGUAAGCUCUCGAUACGCCUGGGAUCGGUUUUCUCGAGGAGGCGCGAGAAGAUCGCCGCCGUCGGCGAGUUCGUAGGGUGAUGCGAUCAUUCGUCCCGCGGGUGGAACGUCUCUUUUUCGCACCCGAACGCCCGUUCGAUGUUCGUUCGGCGAUGUUACCUACGGCAUGUUACUUAAUUUAUUAUAUUUUAGGGUAGAAAGAGAGAGAGAGAGAGAGAGAGAGAAAGGAUGCGCGCGGCGCGUUUGAAGCAGCUUUCGAAAGAUAAGUCGGCAGUUCGUCAUCGAGAGAAAGAGAGAGAGAGAGAGAGAGCGUGUAAUUUAUUGUGUAAUAUUUUGUAAAGUUAUAUCGAAUCCCCUUAGUGUGCAUGGCGACUCGAGGUAUGUUACCGCUUUCGUGCAACAACAGCAACAAUCUCCUCUCUAAAGAAUCCGAGUACACACCGAUACACGUUUACCCUUAACGUUGCACGUCGAUUGAUUAGCAUUUCAACCGCUGCUCUGAUUAUUUAUUAUUAAUUUAUCACAUACGACGUCUCAAAUAAACGGUCAUUCAAAGCGAGCAUCGCAGUUCUGAGUGUUUGGAGACUUGAGUGCUCCGUGCUGGAAAAAUUGAAACCCAAAUGGCGAAUCGGCGGUCGGCUCGACGCGGAAGGGAAAAAGGCUCGCAUCCGCCUCCCGCCUCGAGGGGAGCCGCGUUUUGUCCUGGUCGUCGGGCGAGAGGAUGCGAGGUCUCUUCCGGGCGCGAAGAUGAAUAUCCACGGUACCAAGAGAGAUGCGAGCGGCCUCCUCGGUCGUCGGUUUAAGAUCAUAUAUAGUACAAAGUAAACAUAUAUAUAUAUAUAUAUUAUUGUAAUAACAGUGUUUAAUUAUAUAUAAGAUAAUAUAUAUAAGAGAGAACGUGGCGUACGCGUCGCGCUGUUUUCCGAGGAGGAAUGUUCAAA